CAGAUAAGGAGAGAGGAACGAGAGGGCGGCGACGCCGACAGGGCUGGCGGCGGCGCUCAGGUCCGUUCCCUCCCCGGCCCACUCCUACUGCGGCAACCUCCAGUGCCGCCGCAUCUCCCCUGGUCCAUCCUCGUCCGCCGCAUCUCCUAGGUUGCGCCACCCUCCUCCGUCCUCCUCUUGAGUCACGGCUCCAUUCCCAUCUCUGGUUAGGUCCUCCUACUAGGUCGCGGCCUCGUCCCCGUCUUUGGUCGACUUGCUCGCGGGUCGCGGCUCUUUCCCCCGUCUCCGGUCGGUUCCUAGGUCGCGGCUCCCUCCGCAGUCCCGGGUCGCUGCGACUCACGCGUCCUCCCUGGUCGCGUCACCUCCUCCCAUGCCUGCGGCUUCCCCCCUAGUCCCCGUCUGCUGCGUCCCGGGCACCUGCCUGUACAUCCACGAGAGCAGCACCACCCCCCACUAUAGCCGCACUCUAUUCUAAAUCUCUCUGAACCCCUGAACCAACAAUUUUUUUGUUCUCUGUAGUCUGAACCAGCAGUCUCUGUCUAUCUCUCUGAAACCUCAACUGUCUGUUUAUCUUUUUUCCCUAAUCAGCUGCACCAAGACUAUUUUUUUGUUCAACACUGCAGAUUUGUGAAGUGUUCGUCGAUCUGUAGGCCUGUUGAAGGUAUAUGGCGGAAUCCCCUCUGUUUUUCUAUGCAUUUGUGUAUGUGAUGUCUCUUUGAUUGCCUUACGACUAGACAAUUGAAUUGUAAUUUGUACAGCACAAUGUCGGAUCAAUUGGAGUUGAUUGAGUGGAUAAAUGAAGAAAAUAAAAGACGGAAGAGGAAAAGAAUUGUUUUGACUAAAUUGUUUGUUGAAACAUGUGCUCUUGCAUUAGCAUUUGUUACUACACAAAGGGAUAGGGGACGAAGGGACCUGGGAAGUUUUAAUGAUGAUGAGGACAAUCAUAGGCUUAGGAAAUAUUUGCUUAAAACCAUGUAUGAUGGAUCUGAUGUCGCAUGCUAUGAUCAAUUGCGUCUAACAAAACGAAACUUUCAUGACCUUUGCACCAUGUUACGGGAGAGAUGUGGCCUCCGUGAUAGUGUAUAUGUGACCGUGGAAGAGAAAGUUGCCAUGUUCUUACUUGUAGUUGGCCAUAGUAUCAAGAUGAGGAUGUUGCGUGGCACCUACAAGCAUUCUUUAUGGACCAUUCGUACACACUUCUCUGAUGUCCUAACAGCCCUACUCUCUCUAUAUGUGGAGUUUAUUAAGCUACCUUCCGCUACCGCUCAAGCUCCUAAUGAUUACAAAUGGAAGUGGUUUGGUAAUGCACUUGGAGCACUAGAUGGUUGUCAUAUUGACGUGCUUGUUGAUGUGGCUAACCAAGGAUGGUAUAGGAACAGAAAGCAAGCCAUUACCACUAACAUUCUAGGUGUUGUUGAUUGGAACAUGAAGUUUCUUUAUGUGUUACCUGGCUAGGAGGGUUCGGUUUCAGACUCGAGAGUUUUGCGUGAUGCAAUGAGGACAAACCGCCAAGAUGCUUUUGUUAUACCUAAGGGUAUGACUCUUACUCUUGGCAUGUAGUUUCUUUGAUUUGAUUGUUAGCUAACUAACUUAUUGAUAUAGGGAAAUAUUGUUUAGUUGAUGCUGGUUAUACCAAUGGAGAAGGAUUUCUAGCUCCAUUCAGGUCCACUCGGGAUCAUCUAAAAGAAUGGGCUGCAAGUGCACAACAGCCUCAAACAGCUAAGUUAUAUAACUUGCGCCAUUCUUGUGCUAGGAAUGUAGUGGAGCGAACAUUUGUCUUGUUCAAGAAAAAAUGGGAUAUCUUGCGUUCCCAAACCUUCUUUGACAUAAAGGAUCAGAUUCGAAUUAUUAGUGCUUGUUGUGUGUUGCACAACUUUGCAAGGGAUAGGCAGCAUGUCAUGGAUGAUUUGUUAUUUCAUGAAGUGGAUAGUGAAUUAGCAAAUGCGCCAAAUGAUGAUCCGGAUGAUGACAACUUCAUUAGAAGUGUGCAAGUCACUACUGAAUGGUCCAACUUUAGGCAACAACUAGCUAAUGAUAUGUUUGCUGAGUACCUUGUGGCGCAAGGAGUACAAGAGUUGGAAUAGGAUGAGAGUAUGAUAUGUAGCUGUGGCAGUGGUCUUCUGUUGUAUAGCUAGCUGCGGUGGUGGUCUUGUUUUGUACAUCUAGCUGCGGUGGUGGUCUUCUUUUGUAUAGCUAGUUGCGGUGGUCUUCUUUUGUAUAGCUAGCUGCGGUGUUCUUCUUUUGUAUAGCUAGCUACUGGCUAAUGUGAUGAUGCAUGUGGUAUUUUGUAUAUGCAUCAUAUUUAGGCAACUAAUGAAUGACAUUAUGUUUCAUGCUGUUUCCCAAACUUAAUAUUGUAUUUGUUUUUUCUAUUAUGUACAAUUUUUAUUUCUUUGUAGAACCAUGGCCGAAGAAGUAAGUACAAGGAGGAGGAAUUACUGCACAUGGGAUGAUGAGAUGGAUGAUGCAUUGCUUGAAGUCUUAGUUGAGCAUCACAACAAGGGUGACCAUGCCCAAAAUGGAUGGAAACCACAUGUGUACAUGCAUGCCAUAAGGAAUGUGAAAGACAAGUGCAAUAACGAUAUCACAAAGGAUAACAUAAGUGGAAGGAUGAGGACUUUGGAUCAUCACUAUGAGGUCAUUAGCAAAAUCCUUUCUCAAAGUGGUUUCGGCUGGGAUUGGACCAAUAAUAGGCUAUCAAUGGAUAGUGAUGAUGUUUGGGCUAAAUAUGUGGAGGCUAACAAGGCAAGCAAGGAGAUAAAGUCUUACAAGACCAAAGUAAUCAAGAACUGGGAGUCCAUAUGUGUCGUAUAUUCAAAAGAUCAUGCUAAUGGCGAGGGUGCGAAGACAGGUGCUGAGAUUGCUGCAGAGCCAUUAGAAGAACCCAUUCAAGUCUCUCCAGAAGUAGCGCCAAAGAGGCAGCGAAUAGGUAAUGCUAUUCUUUGCAUGCUUGGAGAUAUGAAGAAGGACUUAGUUGAUGCUUUCAAGACAACCGAGCCCAUUCCACUACCAAAGGUUACCACACCCGCGGAAAUACUUGAUGCACUUAGGUUGAUACCUGAUUUAGCUGAGCAAGAUAUGCUUCGAUGUUACGGGAAGUUGGUACUCAAUGAUCGCCUAUUUCAAGCUCUGAAGGAGCUGCCCAUUACCAUGAGGAAGACAUGGCUGCUAAUGUUGCCUUGAAGAUCGAUGCUUUUAUGUGCUGUUGAAC